AUGAAGUUCACCGGCAUCCUGCAGGUCUUCCUUCUCUUUGCUCUUCUUUCUUUGGGUCUCGGUGCUAGCCUCCCCGCUGGUUUUUCUCUCCGUAUAGCCCGCGAUGGUGACUACACGGUCGGCAAGAUGGGCUUCAAGGGUGAGAUCGGUGGCCACUAUUUCGAACUGAAUGGUACUCUCCAAGACGUCGUUGCUCAAGCCCAAAAGCUCCACCCCGGUCUUCAACACAACUGGACUGCUCCCGAUCUCAGCAAGGGUCCUCUUCCCGAUGGAAAGAGCCUGGAAGCUCGUCAAGGCACACCCAUCGGUCGUUUCUGCUGGCCCGUUGCCGGACAACCCUGGGGCGCUGUCUACCACACUGAUCUCUCGGCCGCCAUCGAUGCUCUGCGCUCUGUCUUCUGGAACCUCUGUACCUUCCCUCCUAAUGCCUGUGCCCCGCUCUCCUGCACCGCCAACACCCAGCUUUCGGUCUGCAACGAUAAUCCAUGGUCCAUUGCGGUGAAUUGCGGAAAUACCCUCAGUGAAAUGGCUCUCGAGAUUAAUCAGAACUGCAACACCUGGAAUGGCUUGACGGGUGGUCAACAAUUCAAUUCGAUGAACUACAAUCUCGUUGUUGAAUAUCGCGGAGGCUGCUAG